AAUCUCACAUCUAAGAAAAAAUAUGACUUUGAAGACAUCUUGGAGGAGAGGCGGCAGUCCAGUGACCUCAGAUAUGCCAUGCGAUGCUACACUCCUGUUGUUUAUAAAGAACUUUCUCCUUGCAAGCCAAGUGCCAUUAAAACUAUUGUGUUGCAUUCUGAACAAGUACAGUAUGUCAUCAGAGAGCUGUCAAAAGAAAUGGGUGAAUCUCCUGACAUCAUACAGGAAGAAGCCGCAGAAAUUCUGGACGAGAUGGCACAUAGCAUGCACAUGGGAGCGAUCCGUUUCUUUGCUUUCACGCUGAGCAAAUUAUUUAAAAGCCUUUUUAAGAGCAUUUGCGUAAAUGAAGAGGGCAUACAAAAAUUACAACAGGCAAUUCAAGAGCAUCCAGUUGUCCUGCUGCCCAGUCAUCGAAGCUAUGUGGACUUCCUCUUGUUAUCUUAUCUGCUCUAUACCUAUGACUUGGCUUUGCCUGUCAUUGCUGCAGGAAUAGAUUUCCUGGGAAUGAAGGUGGUAGGUGAGCUCCUACGAAAAUCAGGUGCCUUUUUUAUGCGACGUACGUUUGGUGGCAACAAACUCUACUGGGCUGUGUUUGCGGAGUAUGUCAAAACGAUGCUGAAGAAUGGCUAUGCCCCCGUUGAGUUUUAUCUUGAAGGGACGAGGAGUCGCACUGCAAAGACUUUGGUUCCGAAGUUUGGUCUCCUCAAUAUUGUAUUGGAUCCAUUUCUUAAAAGGGAGGUGUUUGACAUUUACCUUGUCCCAAUUAGCAUCAGUUAUGAAAGAGUACUGGAAGAAUCUCUUUAUGCACAUGAACUUUUAGGAGUCCCGAAACCAAAAGAAUCUACAUCGGGACUGUUGAAAGCCAGGAAAAUUCUGAGUGAAGAUUUUGGAAGCAUACAUGUAUACUUUGGACAGCCCUUAUCACUUAGAACAUUGGCAGCUGGGAGAAUCAACCGCUGUCCUUAUAACUUGGUUCCAAGGCAUAUUCCACAAAAGCCGUCUGAGGAAAUCCAAGAAUUUGUCAGUGACAUAGCCUACAAAAUAGAACUCCUUCAGAUAGAAAACAUGGUUCUGAACCCAUGGAUAUUAAUUUCUACCAUCCUCCUCCAGAAUUUACCGGCUAUAAAUUUUGAACUUUUGGUGGAAAAAACACUUUGGUUGAAAGGUUUAACUCAGUCCUUUGGAGGAUUCCUUGAUUGGCCUGAUAAUCUGUGUGCCAACAAAGCAGUCAGAGCCAGCCUUUCUCUACACUCCAACCUUGCAAGCCUUGCCAAUGGCCAGGUGGUUCUCAAUGACACAGAAACGGGACCUGCUGCUGCUGGGGAGACUGUUUUUAAGCACGCCCUCUCCAUCCUCCUAUGUGGGUCCUACAGGAACCAGCUGCUUAAUGUCUUUGUGCGACCAGCCCUUGUAGCAUUGGCGUUGCAAAUGACACACAGUUCCAGAAAAGAGGAAGUCUAUAGCAGUUUUGCUUUCUGGCUUGAUGUUUUUUCUGAUGAGUUCAUCUUUUUCCCUGGAAUACCCCUGAAGGAUUUUGAAGAAGGCUGUUACUUGCUUACAAAAUGUGAUGCUAUUCAAGUCACUCCGCAGCAGAUCUUUGUCACAGAGAAGGGAAGUGCUGUCAUCUCUUUUUUGACAGGCAUGUUCAGGCCUUUUGUGGAAGGUUACCAGAUAAUCUGCAGAUACCUUUCCAAGGAGGCGGCAACCGAGGCUUUUUCUGAGAAGCAGUUCAUAUUUGGAGUCCGAAAUUUUGCUUCUCAGCUUCUCGAGACAGGAAGCAUGCAGUGUUAUGAGGUGCUGUCUUCAGAUAUGCAGAAAAACGCUUUGGCAGCUCUUGUGCGAUUAGAUGUGGCAAAGAGGACAAAAAUGUCUGAUGGAUUCACUUACAGUGUAAGUAAAGAGGCUCUGAGUAAAACUGCAGGAAUGUUCGAAUCUAGGAUACCUGUAAGGAAACCGGUAGCUGCACGACUUUAAUAGGAGGAGGCUUGAGAGGCUGGCCCUGCACACUGUAA